ACCAAACCGAAACGACUAGUCGCAUAUAGAUCUAAUGUAUCGAAAUGAACGGAUUCCAUAAAUGUAUUAUAAUUUUUCUUUUUGCAACUAUUUGUGUCCAUUUAGCCGACAGCAAAGUAAAGGAGGACAUCAAAUUAUUUUUAACGAAAUUUAAAAAUCUGGCUGUACAAUCUGCAGGUAUUUUCUUGCAGGACAGCAAGUCAGAUGUGAACAGCACCUCCAAAGAAUUCUGCAUGAAAAGUAACGAAAGGGCGAAUCGCUUCAAAAGGAUUGUUUUCCUGCAGAAACAGCUUAUCCUUAAACUGCAAUCCCAAUUGCUGGAAAAAGUCCUGGAUUGCAGCAAUCUCAGGCAAAGAGUUCGCAGGCUCAGUGCAAGUUACAUGAACUUAAAGUCCGAGUUUGAAGAAGUGAGGACGAAAAGCCCCAAGAUGCCGAUUACUUUAUAAUACGAAUUGUAGUUUUGUUAGAUUGAACAAUACUAAUAAUUAAUUGAUGAAA